AUGGCUAAGAGGCAAAUGAUCCUUUCUGAGUUCGACAUUGUCUUCACAACACAAAGGGUAGUCAAGGGCCAAACCAUAGCAGAUCAUUUGGCAGAAAAUCCAAGAGAGGAUGAUUACCAGCCAUUGCAUACCUACUUUCCUGAUGAAGAAAUUCUAUUCAUUGGAGCAGUUGAGGACAUGAGUGAGCAGUAUCUUGGAUGGAAGUUAUUUUUCAACGGUGUGCCAAAUUCUUUUGGAACUGGAAUUGGAACAGUUUUAGUGUCACCAAGGAAACACUAUCCUGCUAUUGCCAAAUUACGGUUUCCUUGUACCAACAACAUGGCCCAGUAUGAAACUUGUAUUUUUGGAUUGAAAAUGGCAUUGGACAUGGAGAUCAAGGAUCUGAUAGCAUUCAGUGAUUUCGAUUUACUUGUGCACCAGACACUUAAGCAGUGGGUAACUCGAGAUUCAAAAAUUAUGAUGUAUCAUUGUAGUUUGCUUAGUUUGGCCAGUAAAUUCAAGAAUUUGGAACUCAGACAUAUUCUUCACACUCGUAAUGCCUUUACUAAUGCUUUAGCUACUCUGUCUUCGAUGAUCCAACAUCCAGAUGAGCUAGUGAUUGAACCUAUACAAAUUCAACUUCAGGAUAGGCCAGCGCACUGUCUGGAAAUGAAAAGGGUCUCUGAUGUUCGCCCUUGGUACAAUGAUAUUAAGGAAUUCAUGAAAACGGGAUCCUACCCUCCUGAUGCUGAUUCUGUUGUAAAAAGUUUCUUAUGCAGAUUGUCAUCAAGAUUCUUUUUGAAUGGAGAAGUGUUACACAAGAAAACAUCUGAUUUGGGCCUUCUGAGAUGCAUCAAUGAAGAGGAAGCCGAUUAUAUGAUGAAGGAAGUACAUAUUGGAGUUUAUGGGCCACACAUGAAUGGGCAUCUACUGGCUAAGAAAAUCAUGAGAUCAGGGUAUUUUUGGCUUAUUAUAGGGCAUGACUGUGUAAAUUUUGUCAGAAAGUGUAUCAAAUGUCAAAUGCAAGGUGAUGUUAUACGCGCUCCUCCUACAGAGUUGCAUAGUAUGACUGCUCCGUGGUCAUGUUCGAUGUGGAGAAUGGAUGUGAUUGGAUCUAUUGAUCCUUCUGCUUCAAAUGGACAUCAAUUCAUUCUAGUGGCGAUUGAAUAUUUCACUAAAUGGGUUGAGGUCGCGUCCUAUAAGCAUGUGACUAAGAAAGUGGUGUCAGAUUUUUUUGAGAAAUAA